UCAAGGUUUAUUGAUCUAGUUCAUUAAUUAUUACUUCAUUCUGUUUUCAUCUUCUUAAAUUCAAGAAGCACACAGCAUAUGGCGGAUUCGAUAAUAAUCCCGAUCGAGAAUUCAGUCAACAGUCUUGUUAAAAACUGGAAAAGGAGACGAAAGUGGCAGCUUGUUUUUGGUAACCAAGAGCAUGCUGCAGAUGACCAUAACCGAAGGAAUAGAGCUCCAUGGAGAGUUUGUUUGGGAAAAUUCAUGGAAUCGACACCAGUUCAUAUUGCUUCACUCAUACUUCUUUUAAUCGAUCUCGUCUUAACUGUCCUUGAUAUCUCUACUUCAUUAGUUUCUUGUAAAGCUAAGACAGACGAGGAAGAAAAUGAAGUGUUUCAUUGGAUAGGAAUUGCCAUAUUGAGUGUUUUAACGCUUAAAGUGCUGGUUUCAGUUGUGGCUUGGGGUACAUCGUUCUUUAAACGUCCGGGAAAUGUCAUCGACGGUGUGGUAGUGAUUAGUGCGUUGAUAUUGGAAUUUGUAAAAGAAAAUUGGGCAGGAUUGUUGGUGGUGGUUAGCAUAUGGCGAGUUGUUCGUGUCGUUGAGAGUGUUUUUGAGCUUAGUGACGAAGCAAUUGAAGCUAAGAUUGAAGGCAUACAACGUCAGUUUGAAGAUCUUAGGAACGAGAAUCAAUCGCUCCGUGAUGAGAUAGCCAAAAAUUCUGAGAAGAUAGCUGAACUCGAAAAGGAAUUGGAUGAAUUAAGAUUUAAGAAAAUUAUUACCUAAUGUGUUUUUGUUCGAACAUAAAAUGGUUAUUGCUUAUGAAAGAUGGUUCUUCCGGGCUCAUGGAGAAAUAACCAAUACUACUACGUGUGACGGUACAAGUAAAAAAGCAACGAGGUCCACCAAAAAUCUCCCAUUUUAGGACAAGUUCGGACGGAAAGAUCAUAUGAUAGUCUGGUUUACUUCAUCAUAUACCAAUGAGAACUUUUAUUACCAGAAGUCUAACGAAGACCGUGUAUUACAUACUU